UUGCAUCUAGGCCGCGCGAUUGCGCGAUUCGCGCAUAUUUUUUGCAGAUCGCGCAUUUUAAUGAAGUCAAUGCGCGCCAAGUCGCGCAUCAAACGAUCUUUUCAACUUAAUUCAGUUUAUUUUCUUCGUAUUUUGAACGCUUCUGCCAUGUUUGUUUUCACUCGCGGUAAUGACUAAAACACAAACUAAAUAGCGUGUAGCAGCCGACCGGGUCAUCUCGCGUGUGUAUUGACGGUUGAUCUGUGCACUUAAAUAGUAUUCGUCAGUGUCUUAUUUUUUGUUUAUAUUUCCGUUCUUGAGCAGACGAAAGCAAAAUGUCUAAACGUAAAAUUAAUGAUUUUUUUUCGGUAAGUCAGUCGACUUCUGAAAGUGAACCAUCCGCUUCUAAACAAAAUAAAAGUGCUGAUUCUUGUGAGGAAGAAUUUUGUAAAAAUUCGGACCCGGUCGAUUCUACUACCACUACGGAGCCUAAAAAAAAGAAAGCAAGUAACUUUCAAAAAACGUGGCUAAAUGACUGGCCGUGGCUGAAAUUAAAUGAAAAGGGGGCAAUGUUAUGCAAAUAUUGCAUCGCCCACGGUCUAAAGAAUACUUUCACUACCGGCUGUACAAAUUUUAGAACUUCUACAUUGACCCGUCACGCCGAAUCAGCUGAUCACAGGGCAGCAUUAAUUGCUAAUUCUUCAUGUAAAUCUCUUGAAAAAACUGUGGCCACGGUAAUUUCAAAGAAGGAAGAGUCCGUUAUUAGUGCUAUAAAUGCUGUUUAUUGGUUGGCUAAAGAGAACAUAGCAACUUAUAAGUAUUCAUCACUACUUGAACUUUUAGAAAUAGAAGGGUGUGAAUCAGUUAAGAACUUAAAUUCUGCAAAGAAUGCAACUUAUAAAUCUAGGACUAUUGCUGAAGAGAUGCAACAAGCAAUUGCAGACACUAUUCAGACUGACAUUCUAAAUGAUAUGAAAAAAGCCAAAUUCAUUGCUGUCAUGACUGAUGAAAGCACUGACAUUUCAGUAACAGGUAAACUCAUAGUGUAUGUCAGGUUUGUUGAUGAAGAGUUUAAUGUAAAAUCUCAUUUUUUGGGCAAUUUUAAUGUCUCCGAAAAAGAUGCUGGUACAAUUACAGAAUGUAUCAUUAAAGCAUUGAGAGAAAGAGGUGUUUCCCCAGACAAGAUACUUUGCUUAGGAUCAGAUGGAGCUAGUGUAAUGACUGGGAAAAAGAGUGGUGUUGCUGCCCGUCUGAAAAAUGAAUCCCCUUACCUUAUAAACAUACACUGCAUUGCACACAGACUUGCCUUAUGUACAAGUCAAGCUGCCAAGAAAAUAGACUACAUGCAACAGUACAAGACUACUCUCACUAAUCUUUAUUACUAUUUUAAGUCAUCAUCUGUUAGGAGUGGUCGUCUGGCAAAACUUCAGCAAAUCCUAGAGCAACCCCAAAUUAAAGUAAGGGAAAUGCAUGAUAUUCGUUGGUUCUCAUUUUACAAUGUGUUAGAGGGAAUUUACAAGUCUUGGAGCUCCCUUGUUUCAUACUUUGAUGGCACUGAAUUGUCCCGUGAUCCCAAAGCAACUGGUCUGAGGAAGUCAAUACUUCAGUAUCAAUUUCCUGCUCUUACCUGGUGGUUGAUGGAUGUUAUCCCAAUUGUAACCUCACUAAACUUGGUUUUUCAAAAGGAAAACCUUGACAUUGGUGCUAUCAAACCAGCUGUAGCCACUGCUGUGUCAUCUUUAAAUUACCUCAAGGACAAUGAGGGUCAUUAUUUUAAAGAAUUCAAAGAAUUAUUUCAGAAUGGUGAAUUAUUUGGCCAUAAAUUACAAAAUGUAGAUAAACAAGAAAACAAAGUGGUUUCUACAAUGAAAACUUUUAUUGACAAUUUAAUAGAAAAUAUAAAUACAAGAUUUCCUUCAGACAGUGUUUCAGUCCUGAAUGCCUUUGACUGUCUUGGUUUUAGGGAUUUGUCCUUCAUACCCAAGUCUGAACUCAAGGAUUAUGGCACUGACAAGCUAGAAGUGUUGUUAGACCACUAUGGGCAGUCCCAUGGAAAUGAUCAUGAGCCACUAGUCAAUGCUGACCUCACCAGACAGGAGUAUGAACUGUUGAAGCAAUUAGUCCUUGAGAAGAGGUAUCCACGUGAUCAACUGCAAGUUAUGUGGAAAAUUAUAAGUGAGUGCCAUGGUGAAAUCUUACCAAACAUGUUGUUGCUGGCAAAAAUAGCAUUAACUAUUCCUGUGCAAACUGCAAUCUGUGAGCGUGGCUUCUCUGCACAAAACAACAUCAAGGACUCUAGCAGAAAUCGUCUAGGGGAAGCACAGCUAAUGACUCUAAUGACAAUUUCCAUAGAAGGCCCACCCUUGAAAGACUUCAAUGCUUCUAAAGCACUAGUUGAGUUUAAAACUAAGAAAAACAGAAGAAUCUUUCAGAACUUUUCAGUGGCAGGAAUGAAUGAGAACAAAUAAACUCUGAAACUCAAAGAUAAACAUCUAGUCAUGUUUACUAUAAUACCUGUUUUAAAGUUAAUAAGAAAUGUUGAACUACCAGUAACUGUUUGAAAGUUUGAGAUUUGAAAGUCUGUUAAGUACUUUACAGUUAACUAUGUUUGAAAUUGUAAACUUUGAAAGAUCAAUGACAUUUAUGCUUAAGUUUGCAUUGGAAAUUGAUGUUCAGUUUGUUUUCUGUUUGUUUUACAACCAAAUACAAUUUUAAAAUGAUCAUAUUGUUGGUAAAUGCUUGUCCCCCACAUUUUUUUCAAAUCCCCCACAUUUUUCAGUUGAGUGGGGGACAAUCCCCCAUAAUUUUGAAAUUCUAGAUGCAA